CGAGUGAAGAUGACGAAACGCAUGUCAAGUAUAGCUUCUCCGUAAGCAUGCUCCUGUAAAUAAAUAAAACGAGCUCCGUCAGCGUCCCACAUCACAGACCUGCUCUGCCACGGCGGGUGGGAUCGUAUCAGCUUGCUGCUGCCCUGCCUUCAAAGCCUGUCAGGGAUCUGUCUGGCCCGGUUUUGGCACAUAUUUGGAUAUCUGUUGAUCACUGGAGCCAUGGCGGCGAACGGUCUGAUCCGACUGCGUCCGCUGCUGUGCCAGUCUGUGGUGCGAGCGCUCAGGUGUCCCCCCGUGGCCUCCGCCAGGGUCGGCACCCCCUGCCACCCUUCCGCGUGCGCACGACUCUAUGCCACCAAGAAGGCGAAAGCCAAGGCCAAGGGGCAGUCAGCAAAGGUGAACAUUAGCGCUGCCCUGGUGGAAGACAUCAUCAGCCUGGGUGACGUGAAGGAGGACAUGACUGCCGUUCUCAGUGCGCUUAAAGACGACUUCACGCGCAACCUCAGCAUCCGAACCUCACCAGGGGCUCUGGACCACAUUGUGGUGUCAACCCAAGACGGGAAGUUCCCCCUCAACCAGCUGGGUCAGGUCUCCAUGAAAUCCCCUCAGAUCAUUCUGGUCAACAUGAGCAGCUUCCCCGAGGCUACAACGGCGGCCGCCCGUGCCCUGAGAGAGAGUAGCAUGAACCUCAACCCUGAGGUGGACGGGACAAUCAUCAAGGUGCCCGUUCCUAAGGUGACGCGUGAGCACAGAGAGAACCUCGCCAAGACGGCUAAGCAGUUCAGCAACAAGGCCAAAGACGCUCUGAGGAGAGUGCGCUCCAACGCGGUGGUGCAGGUGAAGAAGGCCAAGGAGGGGCACUCGGAGGACACGAUACGUCUCGUGGAGAAACAGAUUCAGCGGAUGGCGGACGACGUGUCGGCAGACAUCGACAAACAUCUGGCAGUGAAGACCAAGGAGCUGUUAGGGUGAAAACCACACACACGGGCCAACGGAAUCAUCCUCAUCAUGUUGAUAUUAACAGCUCUUCCACAAUACGUGUCUGAAAACACACGUUGUGGUUGGACAGCAGCAAUGUGCGUGGUUCUCCACCAUCGCCAUCUACUGGCCUGGCGUGCACAUUACAGUGUUGUUUGUCUAAAAAACACACACACACACACACACAAAGAAAGAAAUAGCUAGCACUCUUCCUGUCUUCAAAUAAAUACAGCUCUUGG